GCACCCUCUGUGCCAACAUCGCAGCACCCACACCCAUCCAUCCACACGCACGCACACACACACAUACGGCGCUUGCUGGUAUCGAAGCGCUGUAGGAGGGAAGACAGACGAGCCACGCAUCCGCAUCACCGAGGAGGAGGAGGGUGGCGCGGUGGCAUCGCCUGCAGGAAUCCAGUUGUAAAGUCCACACACGAGGCAAAAAUGCGCUGAGAGGAGAACUGUGUGGAGCUUUCUGUCGUCAACCAAAGAUUAGGGUAUACCUUACGGCGUUGAGACACCUGAGGGAGAGAAGCAGUCUACAAAAACGCAAGUUGUGCUUUCUGAGGAAAUCCAGCUUGAGAUGAAUACCAACGAUGCAAAGGAGUAUCUCGCGCGGCGGGAGAUACCUCAACUGUUUGAGAGUCUCCUGACAGGUCUGAUGUACUACCGACCCGAUGACCCCAUUGAGUACCUGGAGGGCUGUCUGAAGAAAGUCAGCGAGCUGGGAGGACCGGACAAGGUGCGGUGGGAUACGUUUGUGGGUCAGGAGAAGAAGUCUCUUCCUCCUCUCAACGGUGGCCAGUCACGCAGGUCCCUCUUCAGAAAUGUGUUGCCCGACAGUCCAAACUUUCCCUACAGACGUUACGACCGCCUCCCUCCCAUCAGCCAGUUUUCCAUCGAGAGCGACUCGGACCUGUCAGAGACAGCUGAGCUCAUAGAGGAAUACGAGGUGUUUGAUCCAUCCAGACCACGACCCAAAGUCAUCCUCGUCAUCGGUGGCCCCGGCAGCGGCAAAGGAACACAGUGCCUGAAGAUUGCUGAGCGUUAUGGCUUCCAGUAUGUGUCUGUGGGCGAGCUGCUGAGGAAGAAGAUGAUCCACAAUGCCACCAGCAACAGGAAGUGGAGCCUCAUCGCCAAAAUCAUCACCAAUGGAGAGCUGGCACCACAGGAGACAACAAUAACCGAGAUCAAGCAGAAGAUCAUGAAGAUCCCGGAUGCUAACGGGCUUGUGAUUGAUGGGUUCCCUCGAGAUGUUGGACAGGCUCUGUCCUUUGAAGACCAGAUCUGCACUCCUGACCUGGUGGUGUUUCUGGCCUGCACCAACCACCGCUUGAAGGAGAGGCUGCAGAAGAGAGCCGAACAGCAGGGACGACCGGACGACAACCCCAAGGCCAUCGACCGCCGUCUGACCAACUUCAAGCAAAACACCAUUCCUCUGGUCAAGUACUUCCAGGAGAGAGGCCUUAUUGUCACACUGGAUGCAGACAGAGAUGAGGAAGAGGUCUGUGACAUAAGCAUGACUCUGGACAACAAGCUGUUUCCCUCCAAAGAGCCAGCAGCAGGUCCCAGUGAGCUGGACCUCAGUCUGUUGGGAGAAUCCAGCAGCCUGGCAGAUAUCACCUGCAAAAACGAUGAGAUAGAAGAGGAGGAAGAAAUCGGGUUUGCAGAAGGAACAACAGAAAGUUAUUGUACAGAACAGAAGAAACCAAAGGUCAUCUUUGUGAUCGGUGGUCCGGGAUCAGGUAAAUCUCUGCAGUGCGAGCGGAUGGAGGAGAGGUUCGGCCUGCGUCGAGUCACUCUGGGUGACCUGUUGUGUGCCGAGCUGCAGUCUCACAGCGACAGAGGGCGACACCUGCGGGAGGUGCUGGAGAGAGGAGAACAGCUGCCUAAGGAAACCAUGCUGGAGCUACUUUGUGAUGCUGUGGCAGCAUCUGUACGGCAGGGGAAAGGUCUGGUGAUCAGCGGCUUCCCCAGAGACCUGAGACCGGCGGAGGAGUACGAGGCUAAGAUGGGAGAGCCCACUGCAGUCCUCCUGAUGAGCUGCUCGACAGACACCAUGUCCGGGCGUCUACAGUGCCGCAGCAGGUCCACAUCCAGCUUCCAGUCGGCCUCAGAAAGAGAAGACGUCCUGCACAGGAGGGCCGAGAGCUUCUGCAGUGACAGCCAGGAGGUGGCAGCUCACUAUGAACGCAAGAAGCUUCUGCACAAGAUUGAUGCCGAGAGGUCACCAGAUGAAGUGUUCUCUCAGAUCUGCCAGGCCAUGGAGAACUUCUGAUUCCUACACUGACUCCAGCCCCACUUCUCUGCUGUUCAGGAGCUCCACCUGUGAAGACUUCUCUCUCUCUCUCUCUCUCUCUCUCUCUCUCUCUCUCUCUCUCUCUCUCUCUCUCUGCAAGGAGACUCACCCAUCUCCCCUCACACCUGCACCACACACACGCUCAUUGAACUCCAGUGAUCUGCAUGUCCCCCAAACACUCCCAGCAAGUGGUGAAACCUCUCCUGCUUUAAACACCGACGAAGCGCCUGGUUGUCACAUUCUGCUUCACCCACUCGCAUCGUCUCUCUCUUGCAUCGACCUCGAUAUAUGCUGCCAACUGCCCGGCCGAGGCGGAUUACUGUACUGAGAAACAUGGCGUUCCUGCUGUGACUGAGAGCAUGUUUCAAGUCCGAGAGACAGGAAAGGUUCCCCCUACGCAGGAAAGGAGGAAAUGUCAGUGUGUGUGUGCGUACGUGUGUGUGCGUACGUGUGUGUGCUCAUGCUCUCAUGCACAGCGUCGUGUUUUAUAUUGUGACAAGCAUGCAAGAAUUACAAUCAAAGCUUAACUGCCUUUUGUGCAUUGAUUAAAAAGCAGAAAAAGAUUUUAAAGUGUUCAAAAAAUAUGUAUGUUUCUGAGCUCAUUGUGCAGGUGCUUGUUUUCAGUCUGGUAUUUAACAUUCAAUAAAGCCAGUGCAUUUGCUAAAAGGAGGA